GUGACGGUAUGUAGGGAACUCCCGCCUAUCCAUAUAAAUCCACAGAGACCCACAGAGGGACGUGUGCCACAUUGCGGUGAAAGCCACUACUAUUUGAAGAGAAGUCCUUCAACAUUUCCACAGCAAGGGGUGCAGCGUGUGGGGGGGGGAAAGAGCUGAUGAGGUAAAGGAAGGAGGCCACUGUGGUUCGCCUGCUGUCUCUUGGCCCUGAUUCUGCCGCUUUCUUUCUCCCGCGCUUCACUUCGAGAGGAGGCUUGGCUCCCUCUGGGUGCAAGAAACACCAUGUGCCAAAACUGUAGAGGAUUCACCACUGCCCCAUAGUCCGCCAAGCCUCUCGUGAAACCUCCCCUCUAGUCUGAGGACCCUCCUGACCACCCACAUUGCCCACUGGCCAAGAUGAAGAAGGUGGCAGCAUGGUCUCCAAAGGACGUCUAUGACUGGCUGAGCAAAGAGGGGAUGCCGGAGUACACUGAUGCCCUCCGUCAGACGGACGGUCCCGGUCUGCUCAGGCUCAACGAGGCAGAUUUCCACAUGCUCCCCCUGUCGCUGGUGUCGUCUGACUGCGGGCAGCAGCUGCUGGAGAGGCUGGAGACGCUGCGGAUAGAGACUCACAUCGAGGACCACAAAAACGGCCACGCAAACGGACACGCCGGUGGGCUGCCUAACGGGAAGAGCAAGCCUCAGAGGAACGGAAUGAAGGACUACAGGAUGGAGAUGGUCCACAUCCCCAUCCCAACGAAGGAAACCACGCGCCCUUCCUUCCCCGCCGAGUGGGGGAAGACGGGCAUAGCGUUCGUCUACGCAGUGGUGUGCUUUGUCACCACCACCAUUGUCAUUUCAGUGGUCCACGAGAGAGUGCCGCCAAAGGAGCACACCCCACCGCUGCCGGAUAAGUUCUUCGACCUGUUCAACAGGGUGGAGUGGGCGUUCUCCAUCUGUGAGAUUAACGGCAUGCUGCUGGUGGGGCUCUGGCUCAUACAGUGGAUUCUUCUCAAGCACAGGUCAAUUAUAGGCAGGCGAUUCUUCUUCAUUGUGGGCACACUCUAUCUGUACCGCUGUAUUACAAUGUACAUCACCACUCUGCCUGUUCCCGGAAUGCACUUCAAAUGCUCUCCAAAGCUUCUCGGGAACUGGGAGGCACAGAUGAGGAGAAUAAUGAAGAUGAUUGCUGGUGGGGGCCUCUCCAUCACAGGGUCCCACACCAUGUGUGGAGAUUAUCUGUAUAGUGGCCACACAGUUAUGCUAACGCUAACAUACCUCUUCAUCAAGGAGUAUUCCCCCAAGCGGUUUUGGUGCUACCACUGGUUCUGCUGGAGCUUGAGCGCUAUUGGGAUUUUCUGCAUCCUCCUGGCCCAUGACCACUACACUGUGGAUGUAGUGGUUGCAUAUUUUAUCACUACACGCCUCUUUUGGUGGUACCACACCAUGGCCAACCAGCAGUCGCUGAAGGAGACGUCUCAGAGUAACCCGUUCUCGCGGGUGUGGUGGUACAGACUGUUCCAGUUCUUUGAAGAGAACGUCAGCGGCAUGGUUCCCCGUAACUAUCAGCUGCCGCUGUCGUGGCGCUCGCUGCAGUGGAGCCGCGGCGUGAAGUACAGCAAACUGGAAAUCCAGUGACCGUCAUCAUUUCAAAGCUGGCGAGGACUAUGACUUCCAGAAGCGCUGUUUCUCCCCGAGGAGGGCGGCACCGUUAAAUGUAGCGCUGUCCUUUCACCUUUAGGAAACCGACCCUGUCCAAAUGGGUAGCACUGUGACCCACUUAGUAUUUUUUUCUCUGUUUGUGUAUAUAUAUUUUGUUUCUCUUGUGCUUUGUCCUCUGGUAGUAUCCGUCAACACAGAGCACUAAUUUAUAUUUGUUUUGUGUCUUCCUUCUCGUGGGUCACAGUUUACAAAGCGUUUCGUCAAACUACUAAAACUCCAAGAUUUUUGGCCUCAAGGACUCGCAUACUUUUCUUUCUCUCUGCACAAAACUAGAGUUAAUGUCAUCAUGUUCUUACAAGUUUUUUAGUGCAAAUGGUGUCAAUCAAACGCUGAUUUGAUAAGCAAAAUGCCAUAAGCACGAUUUUCUUUUUAUAGCAAAUUACUUUUUGUAAACUGUCCUUGCUAAAAUGAGUCAAAGGUGCAAAAAAUAAUUUUUUUAAGUAUGUCAAACUUUAUUUUUCAAAAACAAAUGAUGUCCAACAAAAGAUUUUUAGAUUUUUACCUUUUUCAAGAUGGAUAACUGAGAGCAUAAGAAUCCGAUGCGGUAUAACAUUAUUCCAGUGCCUUUCUUAGCUUGAUUGUAAAACAGUUCAAGUACUAUGUGUCUUGUGUCUCUCCGGUGGGUGCGACCACGCCGCGGCACGAGGUGGUACUUGGUUAACAGUCUCGUUCCCAUGAAUGUAAAAACAACGACGCCAGCCUUACCAGAAAAUAGUUUUUCCCAAAAUUCAGAGUGAUAUGUCCCGUUUAUUUAUUGAUGCUUUACAAUGUCAAUGUGUGCUUAGUUUGUUAAUGCUGUUCUAACAGAAAAAUGACUGUUAAUUGUAUUAUUUUUUUAAAAUGUCCGUAUCAUUUACUUUUACCAAUCAGUCUUUAACCAGCACCAGCCAAGAUGAAAACCCAAUCAUUGAUGUUCAGUUGUAUGCUAGGUUUACUUUCCAGCGCUAGUUAUCCGCUAAGAAUCACUGCCUGGUUGGGAAAUGGGGAAGACGUGUCUCUGAGGCACACGGUUUUGUGCGUCUCUUGCUCAGUUAAUGAACCCCACGCUUGUUCCCCGCAUUGAGUCCCAUUUUAAAAUCCCAAAUGACCCUCAUUACUGUCUUGUCUUGUAACCUUUGUGGUGGUGAGGAGAUCUAAAGGAUAAUUGUGUAUGAGUUUUGGGAAUGUCUUCUGAAAACAGGAGCUUCAGGGAAAGUUUCUGAGCAUGUCUGUAAUCUCUACGGUUUAUCUCCUGCUAAAUCAAGCUGCUAUCUUCCAGUGUACCGUCUACACUGCUUCCUCUAGUGCUACGCCAAAUCUAGAAGUAGCUUACACUCAACGUGGAACCUGUGUGUGUGGGGAAGAAGCUGAUGCAUGACGCACAGAGCUGGUUGGAUGCUGUGGGUCAGUGUGUGUGUGUGUGUGUGUGUGUGCAGGAACACAUUGAUUUCCAUGAAUGUGAAAAUGCAUCCUUAUCAAUAAUCUUAAUUAUGUUGACUUUUGUCUUGCUUUGUUUAACUAUGACUGAACUGUAAAGAAAUAAGUAUUGCACAAGUUUAUGUAUCGAGGGAAAGAUUUAAGUCAUUUUGUUUUCAUUUCAAAUUAAACUGAUAAGCUUUGAUGAAGAGAAACUGCACUAAGCUUUAAAUGAUAAAAAUCCCAAAUAAAUAAAAUGAUGUAUCUUUCUUUGAAUUUUCAAAAGAAGAGCGUGACAAUAACAUUAUUUCAAAGAGUCUAAUUCAUUUGAAUGCCAGCAAGAGUCUUAAUGUUUAAGGCACAUGACAGUCCAGGCGUACCCUCCUUCCUUUACAAUCAUUUCACCUGAACAUAACGGUCUUUAAGAGCACAGCAGGUUCCUCGCAUUCAUUUUGCUUUCAGAUAAUGUUUGAAAUAUCAGCUCUCUGAUAACGCUCGAGAGCUUUCCUAAGGAUGAAGGUUGGAGUUUUUCGUCUGAGUUUGCCAAUCAAGUAGAUUUUUUUUCUCAACGUUUGUCCUCCCAUAUGCUCCUCUGUAAACAUCCCACCCAUGUUGUGCUUUUUCUGUGUAUACCAGAUGUUUGUAAGAUAUGAUACAGGAUUGUACUUGGGACGCUUUGAAUAAAACCUUUUACUAAAAUGUA